AUGAAUUCAAAAUGGAAUACCAGGAGAUUUAAAAAAAUAACAUCAGACAAUUUGUGCAAUGCGUUGAAAUCAAUAUCCUCUCAAGAACAGAUACUCGUUGUUCAACCCAAAUUAUUGCCAGUCUUAAAUCAACUUUUGACAUUUACUGAAUUGACAAAAUCAACACCUGUACGAAAAAUAGCAUUGUUAGACGAGCAGCUUAAGAAUGACUUGCCAAGCCUACUAGGGACAAUCCCUUCAAUGGAACUAGUUUUUUUGAUAGAUGUAAGGGUAGAUCUAUGUCUGCCCAAUGAGUUGGUAAAGCUUAUUAAGGACUUGCAACUAACUGAACUAAAUGUACUCUACUGUACGUGGAAAACUGAAAUGACAAACAACUUGAAGCGCUUAACACACUUCAUCAAAUCUCAGCUUGAAAAUCUUUCAAAAGCCAAUUUAUUCGAGUGGGAUUUCUUUCCUUUUGCACAACAGGACGAUAAUCUAUUAGUUGUGAACGUUCUAUACAAUGAAGACGGUGAAAACUUAUAUUAUCCGAAGAGAAGUUCGAUGGAGAAGACCACACGCGGUAUUCUGUUGGAUAAUAUGUCAAAUUGCAUAAAAUCUUUAUUGGCUCAAACAAAUACGAUUGUCACAGAUGCAAUUGCCAUGGGAAGCAUUUCAAAAAAUCUUGUAGCUUUAUUGCAUGAUCAGCAUCAGACAGACGAAAAUUUAUUUAUCAAAGAAACUUUGUAUGGCAGUAAAUACCACAGCUCAUUGGAAACAGACCUGAUUGUACUGGAAAGAAAUGUGGACCCAAUUACGCCGCUCUUGACCCAGCUCUCAUACGUUGGUAUUUUAGAUGAUUUCUUUGAAUUUGGUGAUGACUGUAAGUUAAAGGACAAAGAGUUUACUCUAGAUUACAUUACGGAUGAUACCUGGAAUGAAUUGAAGUUUUUGAAUUUUGGAUCAGUAGGCCCUCAACUGAAUAAGAUGGCUAAGGACUUACAAAGUCAAUAUGAUUCAAGACAUAAUGCAGAAACUGUCAAUGAAAUCAAAAAUUUUGUAGACUCACUAGGGUCCUUGCAACAAAGACAAAAGCUAUUAAAAAAACACACAAACUUGUCCUCUAACGUCCUAGAAGAAGUUGAACAGAAUGAAAAUUUAUUAUUUAAUAGAAUUUUAGAAUUGGAACAGGAUAUUUUGUUGGAUAAACUGAGUACUACAAUUGCUAUAGAUAAAAUCUUGGAACUCGUGUACGAAUCGGACGUACAGCCUGAGAAGAUUCUACGACUAGUUUGUUUAUUAUCAAUAACGAAAAAUUUCUUAAAAGACAAGGAUUUUGAGAAUUUGCAGCGAGAACUAGUGGAUUCAUUUGGUGUUAAUAUGAUAUUCCAACUAGAAAGAUUAAUAAGAAAUAGACUACUCAAAAACAAGUCUACAUCACAGACUUUUGAAGGCAUAGAAGAUAUACAAUUAAAAAAGAACUAUAGAUAUCCAUCACUCUGGUUAGAUACAUUGCCUGAUGAAACUUCCAAUGAUGCAAAUUUUGCAUAUUGCGGUAUGGUGCCUCUAACAUACAGAUUAAUCCAGUUACUUUAUGAUAGAACGAUAAUCAGUAAGCACUAUUCAUCACAACAACCGUUCAUGAUUUCCAAAACUGCCAAUAUAUCAAAAUUGAACGAGCUUUUUGAAAACCUUUAUGGAAACGGCAACUUGAUUACUGAAGAAAAAUGGGUUCCAACCAAAAAGGUCAAGCAUGCUAAGAACGAAAAUUCACCCGCUAGUAACGAUAGCAAUAUUGCAAUAAUAGUGUUUCUUGGAGGUAUUACACUGAGUGAAUUCGCCACAUUGCGUGUGCUACAGGACAAACUACAUAAGAAAAAUGUCAACAAGAGAUUUAUAGUGAUUGCUGAUGGCCUCACCAAUGGUACUCGUCUCAUCAGAAGCUUUAUGUAA